CUGACUGCAGGGUGAAGAAUGCCUGGUUGUCGGACAGACUGUAUACAGAGACCUCUCUCUCUUGUAUUCUACAAGCUGGGGAAAGUGGUGAGCAGGUACCCCUGGUGGUUCCUCUUUAUUCCCAUGGUUAUAUCUGCAGGUCUGGGAGCUGGAUUUUACUUUUUGCCUCAGAGGCAGGCUAAUGACAUAGAAAAUGAGUUCACCCCAAUAGGAGGUCCAGCUAAAUCUGAGAGAGAAUUUGUGAGGACACACUUCCCAACCAACGACUCCGGGCAUUUCUCUGCACAGAGACUCUAUACAGAAGGUUUGUUUGUUUCUCUCAUUGCUGUUAGCAUGUCUGAUAAUAUUAUCAAUGUUGAUUCAUUUAGAGAGCUGAUUAACCUGGAUGAGAUGGUGCAGAAUAUGAGCAUUACUGUGACUGAGCCUGAUGGUGACGUGAUUGUAAAUUUCCAACGUCUAUGUGCAGAGGUACAGGAGAGGAAAUGUAUGGAAGUUAAUCCCCUUCUAUCUUCAGUACAAAGUAAUUUGAGUUUGAUAGAGACAAUAAGUAUUAGCUACCCCAUGUUUCAGGGGAAAUCAUUCCUAGGAACAUCCCUGGGUGGAGUGACACUCAGUCCAAACAACACCGUGGAGAAAGCUAAAGCGGUUCGGUUGGUGUAUUACCUGAGAGAGGAGAAUGAACACGACAGAAAGAACAGCCUACUAUGGAUUGAGCACUUUAUCAAAUCAGUCAACAUUGAUUCUCUACAACUUAAGAAUGUACAGGUAAUACUUUACUUACUUGACUGUGUGAGGAAUAAAUUCUGGGUUGCAGCAUUCGGAGUCGUUACCUCUGGAUUAGCCAUUCUCUCUAGUUUUGGCCUGCUGUUACUAUGUGGAGUGCCUUUUGUUAUUACUGUGGCAAAUGCUCCUUUUCUUAUUUUAGGUGUUGGAGUGGAUGACAUGUUCAUUAUGGUUUCCAGUUGGCAGCAAACUAAAGUUAAGAGCCGAGUCGAAGAAAGAAUGGGCAAGACAUAUGAAGAAGCUGCAGUCUCCAUUACAAUCACAACCCUCACAGAUGUCUUAGCUUUCUAUAUAGGAAUUAUGACUUCUUUUGGCUCUGUGCAAUCUUUCUGCAUUUAUGCCGGAACAGCCAUAUUGUUCUGCUUCCUAUAUAACAUCACUUGUUUUGGUGCAUUUUUAGCCCUCAAUGGGAGAAGAGAAGAGAGUAACAGGCACUGGUUGGUUUGUAAAAAAGUUCCAGAACAAGAAGAUGACCAUCGAUCGCAUCCAUAUAACCUGUGCUGUGUUGGGGGGAAAUAUAGUGAAAUCACAGAUAAGGAAUAUGAUCAUCCAAUUACAGAUUUUUUCAGUGGGCAAUAUGGUCCAUUUUUAACCAACACUUGGACUAAGAUCAUUGUGUUGGGUUUAUAUGGUGGAUACUUGGCUGGCAGCAUAUACGGGUGCUUUCAAGUACAGGAAGGAAUUGAUUUACGGAACUUGGCUACUGACAGCUCCUAUGUCCGUUCUUUCUACGACAAUGAAGACUUAUAUUUUAAUCAGUAUGGUCCCAGAGUUAUGGUUGUGGUUACACAGGAAGUUUCCUACUGGGAUAUAGAUGUCCAUAAUAAAAUUGACAGGUGUAUGGAAUCGUUUAAACAAACUUCCUAUGUCAGUGAAGACCUCUCUGAGUCCUGGUUGACAGCAUACUUAGGUUUUGCUGAACUUUUUAAAUUUAAUGUAACUGACGAAAAUAAUUUUGUAGGAAAUUUAUCAAGAUUCUUUACUCUAUUUUCAGAUUUUAAACAAGAUGUGGACAUUCAGGCAGGUGCUAUAAAAGCUUCCCGUUUCUUUAUCCAGACUAUGAAUGUCACUUCUGCCAUUGACGAGAAAAACAUGUUAAAUCAGGUUCGGGACACAGCGAAGAGUUGUGAGGUCCCUGUCCUUGUGUACCAUCCGGCAUUUAUAUACUUUGAUCAAUAUGCUGUAAUCAUCAAAAACACAAUUCAAAAUAUUGCUGUAGCUGCUAUUGUUAUGCUUGUUAUUUCUUUACUGCUAAUCCCAAACCCUCUGUGUUCCCUCUGGGUGACAUUUACCAUUGCUUCUAUUAUUGCAGGAGUCACUGGAUUCAUGGCUUUGUGGGACGUUAACUUAGAUUCCAUAUCCAUGAUCAACCUUGUUAUUUGUAUUGGGUUCUCAGUGGAUUUCUCAGCCCAUAUCUCAUACGCCUUUGUUUCAAGCAAGAAAUCUACAGCAAAUAAGAGGGUGAUUGAGGCAUUGCAUUCUCUUGGCUAUCCUAUAUUACAGGGAGGUCUCUCCACCAUCCUGGGCGUCAUAGUACUCUCCACUUCAGAGAGCUACAUCUUUAGAACAUUUUUUAAGAUCAUAUUUCUUGUUAUCACUUUCGGAAUGCUCCAUGGGCUGGUUUUUCUUCCAGUGUUUCUGACAUUAUUUGGAAAUUGUGGCCAUAAACCUCACGGGGAUGACAAUACAAUAAAGGUGAAAGGAACUAUAGAUGACAAUGGCCUUGUGGAGAAUACAAAAGAUAAUCUAAGUGAAAAGCACUUUAGUAAUCAAAAUGUAAAUAUAAGCUAUUUCUCAAAUGAAGCACUUAGUCCAGAUCCUGUAAAGGACAAGCAGACGACCCCCCUCUAAUUAAAAGAAUCCAUCUUGAUUGAGUUUAGGCUGGAAUCUGAAUAUUUAAUCUUUGCUUAUUAUUACGGUGCAGAAUUACCUAGAGAAAUUUUUACUUCCCCUCUAUUUAGUGUUACUAAUAUUCUCUGAGCCUGACACUUAAAGCGGGAGUUCACCCAUAAG